UGUGUGCAGUCAGAGCUGUAUAAAACCAGCGCACGAUCAGUUCUCCAGUACCUUCCACAUCAACUCAUUCACACACCGAGUGAAGCGAGACUUCUAACGGACUUUCGAGCUCUUUAAGGAUACUCUUGAGGAAAAAUGGAUCCUUGCGAUUGCGCCAAGACUGGAACUUGCAACUGUGGUACCACCUGCAAGUGCACUAAUUGCCAGUGUACAACCUGCAAGAAGAGCUGCUGUCCCUGCUGCCCGUCUGGUUGCAGCAAGUGCGCCUCUGGCUGCGUGUGUAAGGGCAACUCCUGCGGCUCCAGCUGCUGUCAGUGAGGAGGUCGACGUGAUGUUUGGUUACAACAAUGUGAACUUGUUCGUCUGUUCUACGCGUCUUCGUUUUUGCAUCGCAUGAAUGUUGUCUAUUUACAACAUAAUAAAUGGCCUCCAGUUGUUCUCAAAUCUUUUGAUUGUUUAAUGUUUCAAAAUCGUUUAACAAAGGCUAAAGAGGGAAAACAGCGCACUGAUUUGUACUGCUAUAAAUUAAGACUAUCACAAGAUGUCUGCUCUCUAUAAAAGAACAACUGUAAAUUCUUCUGCAAUGUAUUUUGUCUACAAUAUAAAUGUCAGCAUUUA